GAAAGAUAAAAAAGAUACAAGGGUAUCGCUGUAAUUGUAAUAAGGUCCGAGUUUCACCAAUUCAAUUCUUGAGAACUCCAGAGUCGCCGCAGAUAACAAAUUUAGGGUUCCUAAUCUCUUUGGAUUAGAUUGUGGAGUUGGAUUUGGUAGCUUGAAGAAUCAUGAAGAACUUUCAUGAAAGAGAGGAAGAUGAGAGUAAUACAAGGAAGAGCUACAAGUCGAAGAACAUGAAGAGGUUAGGAGGCGGUGGUCUUUCUCUCCAAACCUUUGCUAACUUGAAGUCGAAGAAGAGUCACUACAACCCUGCUUUCAUCAAAAAGCAGAAGGAAUACUACAAGAAUGCCAAGUAUGUGAGCAAGUUUAGGAAGUCGAUGAAGCAGCAGCAGCAGCAGAAUGUUCAUGAAAAGGAUGAGAGUAAGCUUCAGAGCUUUCAUGGAGAGAGUAGUAAAGUGGUUGAUGAUGAGCACAACAAGGGUAAAAAAUCUCACAAGAGAAUCGGUGUUGAGGAGGUGUACAAACAGACACGAGAAGAGAUGGAGAAAGCGAGGAGGGAGAGGGAGGAAGCGUUUCAGGCCAAGAAACUAGCCAAAGAAGAGGCCGAGUCCCGGAGGAAGGCAGCUAAAGGGAAAAUGAUGAGAAAGACUCGGCAUGGUCAGCCUGUUAUGAAAUACAGAAUUGAGCAUCUUCUUGAAUCCAUCAAGAAAACUUCUCAAAACGAUGGAAUGCACAUCUCAGACAAGUAAUCCCUUGGCUUUUCAUUACGGAUACUUAUAUUUCCCUUCUUGCCAAACACAUUAUUACUUGUUUCAAAUUUGCCCUUCUUGUGUUGGUUUGAGGUUAACAUUCUCUA